CACAGACAGACUGACGGUGUGUGUGUGUGCGUGUGCGUAUUAGUGGAGGGUUGGCUCAUGAGCUAUUAAAGCGCGGAGCUCCAGUCUGGACCUUCCCUCCCCUGAAGUCAGUCAGACCGCCGCGCCACCCGCGCCCCACCGCAGCCUCUCGGGCUCUGAUCUCCACCAAGUGAUCCGGACACAGCAGCCGCAGUUCCCCCCUCCGCUGCUCCGCGGUGCGCCGCCAGACGCGCUCUCCCUCUCCGGUUGGGGAUGGACUCGCCUCCUCCGUCUCCUUGUGUUCACCUUUGGCACUGACGCUGACGCCGCUGUGUAGUUUUGGUCGCGGAGUUUCGUGCGGGAGGAAGGAGCAGAUUCCUCCGUGCGCUGCUGCGCCUUCCCACAACAGUUUUUGUUUUUGUUCCACGCCGGACUGUUCUUCGCCUCCUCCCGGCUGCGGCUCCGGGAUGGGAAUGUAUUUGCAUCUGCUGCUCUUGCAGCACUGUCUCGUCACGAGUUUGGUGUGCAACGCCGUCGCCUUCCUCGAGGAGCCCGCCGGCGGUAGGUCGGACGGGUACUGCGGGCGGAUCCUCCGGGCGCAGACCCAGGGGACCCGGCGGGAUGGACACCACGAGUUCAGCCUGAGGAUGGAGGGGGACCCGGAAGCCUACCGGCCGGGCAGCACCUACAGAGUCGUCCUGCUGGCAACCAGCCCCUCUUUUUUCAGAGGUUUCACCCUCAUCGCCCUGAAGGAGGGCAGGGAGGGCACCGCAGACGGCGACUACACCGGCCAGUUCCAGAUCAUCGAUGAGGACGACACGCAGUUCAUGACCAACUGCCCCCCCGCGGUGACGGAGAGCACGCCGCGCAGACGCACCAGGAUACAGGUGUUAUGGACGGCGCCACCUACUGGAACCGGCUGCGUUAUACUGAAGGCCAGUAUUGUCCAGAAGAGAAUCAUCUAUUUCCAGGAAGAGGGCUCGCUCACCAUUCGGCUUUGUGAGAAAGAGCAUGUGUUCGGUGAGGCGACCGAAGCUCCUGCCAUGGAGUGCUGCGCCUGCGGAACUGCCAAGUACAGACUCACCUUCCACGGCAACUGGUCGGAGAAAGUGCAUCCAAAAGACUAUCCACGAAGAGCCAACCACUGGUCGGCUCUGAUUGGCGCGUCCCACUCCAGGGGCUACGUGCUGUGGGAGUACGGAGGCUACGCCAGCGAGGGCGUCCGUCAGGUCGCCGAGCUGGGAUCCCCCAUCAAGAUGGAGGAGGAGAUUCGACGAAAGGGAGAUGAAGUGCUGACGGUCAUUAAGACUAAGGCUCAGUGGCCGGCGUGGCAGCCGCUCAACAUGCGAGCAGCUCCAUCAGCAGAGUUCUCUGUGGACCGGACCCGGCACCUCAUGUCCUUCCUCACCAUGCUCGGGCCCAGUCCGGACUGGAACGUGGGGCUUUCGGGAGAGGAUCUCUGCACCAAGGAUUGUGGCUGGGUGCAGAGGCUGGAGACGGACCUCAUUCCCUGGGACGCAGGCACUGACGGUGGUGUCACGUAUGAGUCGCCGAACAGGCCCACCAUCCCUCAGGAGAAGAUCCGACCGCUGACCAGUUUGGACCACCCCCAGAGCCCCUUCUACGACCCCAAGGGAGGGGCAAUUACCCCUGUGGCUAAGUUGGUGGUGGAACGCAUUGCUAGGAAGGGGGAACAAUGUAAUGUGGUCCCAGACACCAUAGAUGACAUUGUGGCUGAUAUUGGACAGGAGGAGAAGGAGGAAGACGACACACCGGAGACGUGCAUCUACUCGGGCUGGUCUCCCUGGUCGGCAUGCAGCAGCGCUACGUGUGAAAAAGGCCGCAGGAUGAGGCAGAGGAUGCUGAAGGCCCAGCUGGACCUCAGCGUGCCGUGUCCGCACACUCAAGAUUUCCAGCCCUGCAUGGGCCAUGGAUGCAGUAUUGAGGAACCCUCGACGUGCAUGAUGUCGGAGUGGAUCAGCUGGUCGGCCUGCAGCGUGUCCUGCGGCAUGGGCAUGAGGUCGAGGGAGCGAUACGUCAAGCAGUAUCCCGAGGACGGCUCGCUGUGCCAGCUCCACACCGAGGAGACGGAGAAGUGUGUCGUCAACGACGAGUGCUCUCCCAGCAGCUGUGUGGUGACGGAGUGGGCGGAGUGGGACCCCUGCAGCGUCACCUGUGGCCUGGGCAUGAGAAGACGCGAGCGCAUGGUGAAGAUGCCUCCCAUAGACGGAUCCAUGUGUAAAACCGAGGUGGCCGAAGUGGAGAAGUGCAUGAUGCCGGAAUGCCACAGCAUCCCGUGCAUGCUGUCCCCCUGGUCGGACUGGAGCGGGUGCAGCGUGACCUGUGGGCGCGGCGUGCGGACGCGUCAGAGGAUGCUGAAGUCCGACCCGGCGCAGUGCGCCGAGGAGCUGGAGCAGACGGAGAAGUGCAUGUUGCCCGAGUGUCCCGUCGACUGCAUGGUCUCCGAGUGGUCCGAGUGGUCCGAGUGCAACAAGUCCUGCGGCAAGGGACACACCAUUCGCACCCGCAUGGUCAAACUGGAGCCGCAGCUCGGCGGCAGCGCUUGUCCCGAGACCAUCCAGAGGAAGAAAUGCAAGAUCAGGAAGUGCCGGACAAAAACGAAGGAGGAGAGAGGAGGAGGAGGAGGAGGAGGAGGAGGUGGUGGAGGAGGAGGAAAGAGGAGGAGGCGGGGUAAACAGGGUAGAGAUGCAGCGCAGGAGGAACAGCCAGGUUGCCGGAUGCAGCCGUGGAGCAGCUGGUCGGUCUGCUCCAAGCCGUGCGGCGGCGGGAUCCAGGAGCAUUUCAUGACGGUGAAGAAGAGGACAAAGGGCCCGGUGGCGGCCAGCUGCAAGGACCGGAAGGAGAUCCGCGCCUGUAACGUUCAUCCCUGCUAGGGGGCACUACUGAGCUGCAAGAGGAGGAGCUGAGCUAUGAAAAUAAUGAUGAUGAGGGGCGGGGGAACGAGCGGUUUGACACUGGGGAAAGAAAAGGAAUGAUCUGUGAAAGUUGGAGGUGAAGACGGAGAAGAGGCUGAUGCGCUGUUUAGUGAAGCCAUUGUAGACAUUUAGUGCACAGGGCUGACGUUGACUUUAGACCACAAGGGAAGUAUUAGAGAGACAUAUCUGUGUCCUGCAACAAAAAAAAUGUGAAAAAAAAUAAAUCUUUACAGUAAUCUGAGGCGGGGGAAAAAAGAGAAAACUCUCCCAGUCGACACAAACUUUUCAUUUUGUCCGAGGGGGCGUGAGAUGAGGUCGAGCCACGGGUCUCUCCUGGGAACGUGUUGGGUACGUGCUGACGUAAUACCGCUUCCCUCAAACAUCGUUAACCAUACCAUGUAACUGCCAUAACUUGAAAUCCUGGAUCAGCUUAUUAUUAGGGCCCGAGUCACUGACAAAGUCGGGCAGCGAGGACCUAUUGUAACUGAGGGAAUUAUUAGGGCCCGAGCUCCGACCAGCAGGAGGCUUGCGAGGGGCCCCUUGUUAUUACUAUUACUAUUAUUAUUAUUAUUAUUAUUCUUUUCACUGAAUCGGCUUGUUGAGGGGCCUGAACAUGCUUGAAAAGUUGUAAAAUUCUGCACAUGCAUCAGAAUCUGUGUAAAUUUUGAUAUUUUAAGGGACUCUCGGGCAAAAUGACUCGACAGAGCCCCUCACCACAUUUCUCCCGGCUUUAAAUUUGAUCGGUCGGCGCACGUGUAUCGCAUGAAGACCUACGAAAAAAAUAAGAGGUCGCCAUUACCUCGGACCAACAGGAAGUUUGUCGGCCAUUUCAACUUUUAGUGACCAAAUUUGUCGCCUUUCGCGCGUUUCGACAGAUUUCAAUUUAGUUUGUAAUUAGAUUUAGAAUCAAACCUCCUUUUCUCAGACAAGUGUCACACACUCCUGGUUCCGUUUUUUAAAGACACAUUUUCAAAUCUAGUUUUCAGUAAAUAAACCAAACUUUCUUUUGUUUUUUUCUUGCAAGACAUAGAUGCCCACGUCUCUACAGUCUUAUGGAUGUACUGUAUAUCUACUAUCUAACCAACACUUAUCAACGACACUUCUAUGUAAUUACUAAAAACAAAAAAAACACUUUCCCUUAAUAAGCAGAUACAUUUAAAUGGAGAUGUUUUUAUACUGUUAAAUUUUAGUCUUUCUAUACUGUACUGCUGUUUAUCUGUGGUUGAUUCAGCGGAUGUAGCAUUAAAACCUGCGAUAGCCGUCUCGUCUGUCCGUCAGAAGAUCUUACAGUAGAGCAUGUGUGUGUGUGUGGGAGAGAAAAAUGUAUGAUUAUUUUUGGUUUGAUCAGCUGUAGAUGUUGUGGUAGAACGGAUCGCUGAGUUAUCUGCCUCCUGAACACACCAACAGACGGAGCCUUACUGUAUCUGACACACACACACACACACACACACACACACACACGACUGUUACCAGGGCCUCGGUUUAUUAAAACACAAAACACCUUCAUGUAUUAUUUUUUCAUUAUUUUAUUAAUGCACUUUUCACUGGUUUUGCCAUCAGGUUUACAGUGAUGUGUAAAAUCUUUAUUUCAGAUUAUAUCGUAGUUUUGUUUUCUGUUGUAAUUAUAGAGUCGUCAUGAAAAACUCUGUAGAUUGACUUUAUUUGUAUUUUUUCCACUUUUCAGGACUUUUCAUUUCUUCGCCUCAGUAUCAUGUGACUAUUUUGUAAGAAACCACCUUUACAAUAAAAAGAAUGUAAAUGUGAAAACAA